CUUUGGAAAUCCUCCCAUAAAAAAAAUGUAAUACGAGAACGUCAUCUGUUUAGGUUGUAGACUUCAUUUUUUCAAAUAAUGCAGAGCUGGAGCGGAAAAUCAGUCUCCUGGACCGAGAGAUCAAGUUCUUGAAAUGUGUAUAUAAGAAGGAGAAAGAACAGCUUGACAAACAAGAUCAAGAUGUGGAUGUGGUUGUGAAAAUGGACAACAGUAGAAACCUUGACAUGGACAACAUCAUAGCCACAGUCCGAAAAGAGUAUGAGGAAAUUAUGCAGAGAAGUAAAGCGGAGGCAGAUAAAUUUUAUCAAAACAAGUAUGAAGAGGCUCAAAGUAAGAGUUCUAGUUACAAAUGGGAUCUGAAGAAUCGAGAGCAGCAGAUUUCAGAACUUAUCCAACAAGUUGAAAAAGUCCAGUGUGAACUUCAGAGUCUGCAGAAGGAGAACGAAGAGCUCAAGAAGACAGUUUGUGAGGCAGCCAAAGGAGGUGAACAAGCCUUCAAAGAAGGUCAACAGAAAUAUGCUGAACUAGUGAAGGCCCUUCAAAAUGGCAAGGAUGAACUGGCCAGCCUAGUACGUGACUACCAGGAACUUCUGAAUGUGAAGAUAGUUCUUGAUAUUGAGAUUGCAGCUUACAAAAGUUUGUUGGAGGGAGAAGAAGAAAGGAUAUCCAGAGAUUCUUCAAGUUCCAUCAGUAUCUCUGUGACCAACUCCCCAUGCAGUUCUCAGAGGGCAGCAAAACAAGGAAAGGAAUGCAGUGAGAAGGCCGGAGGAUCCUGUCAAUGCAAACCUGCAGGAACUAAAAUAUCCAUUUCCUCUGACAGUAAAACCAAAUGUCAAAGUGAAAAGUCCUCUAAGGUCUGCAAAUGGUCCACUAAUACAAAGUAAAAUUGUAGGAAGGGAAGUAGACAGAACUUUCACAAACAACGGAAAGCAACAAUUUAUCUAGAUUUGUUAGAGGAGAAUAUUUGUAGCUCAGGGUUGAAAUGAGGGGUUAUUGGUGCUCUCCAAUAUUGGUUGUUUUCUUGAAGAUGUUUCAUUACCCAAAUUAGGUAGCAUCUUCAGUGCUAGUAGGGGGUGGGGUCUGCUCUCAGUUUAUAUUCUAGUGACUAUGGGAGUGGUCUUUUGAUUGGAGUAUUGCUUGCUUCUUGAUUGUUGGUCUGAUGUUAAUUUUGGUGUUAGGUAGAUUCCUACAGAUAUGGGUAAAGCUAGCUAAAGGAGUCAAAGUCAUGUCACUCUUUGCUAGCUUGGCAAACAAUGAUUCUCAAUGACAUGAAAAUGAACUCUCCCCAGAUUUGCAAGUUUCCAUUUUUCACAUUCUCUUCUGUUGAACAUCUGGGAAGAAGAGUUUAGAAAUUUCUCUUCAUGCUUUUAAUAACUGUAACCAUAGCUUGCAAUUCUGCAUUACUCCAAUCUUGGAAUUAAGUGAGACUUUUGCUAAGUGAGUUUUGCCCCAUUUUACAACCUUUUGUGCCACAGUUGUUAAAUGAAUCACUGCAGUUGUUAAGUUAGUAACACAGUUGUUAAGUGAAUCUGGCUUCCCCAUUGACUUUGCUUGUCAGAAAGUCACAAAAGCUGAUCACAUGACCCUGGGACACUGCAACCAUCAUCAAUAUGAAUCAGUAGCUGAGCAUCUGCAUUUAGAUCACAUGACCAUGGGAAUGCUGCAAUGGUUGUCACUUUUUCAGUGUUAUUGUAACUUCAAAUGGUCACUAAAUGAACUGUUGUAAGUUCAGGACUACCUAUAUUUUACUCUGUAUGCGCAGAACCUACCUUUCUAAAUCUUACCCAAUGAGGGAUGACAAUACUGCUUGUGAAACACACAUGCCUUUGGCCACAUGAUGUCCAGUGCAAUGGCCAAUAACACAAAAGGUGAAACAUGAAAACACAAUGAAAUUGAGUCUUCCAGAAUCCCAAGCAGAAUAUUCCAUUGGAAAACCCCCAUGUGCCUGAAGUAUUUUCUUUCAGUGCAGAGCUGUCUGUCUAUUUCUGCUUUCAGAUAUAAAUGUAUUUUUCUCCAGAACAAACAAAUAAAGGGGGAGCUUAUAAGGUGUAGGGUAAUAAUCACAGUAACAAAAUAGAUACAAUUCAAAGAAAGGUGCUUGCUUUAAAAACUCACUUCAAAACAAGCUACAGAGUGGUGCCGAUUUUAGCAAGACCAGCCUUAUACCAAGAUAACUAACACUGACUUAUCAGAGCAUUGAGCUAUAAUAUGCAGCACAGAGACUUCUAUACAGUUGUAGUUGAAUAGAAAAGAAAAAAGAAAUCACAUCUGGAUUCAGAAAAUGAGGCUAUGUAUUCUAAUUAACUUGAUAAGCAGAUACAAGCCAACCAUUUAUCUGAAAAGGAGAGCAAAGGAUCUGAAUACAGACUCCACAUCCUUUCUCCACCAUACAGCUGAUCAGUAAGAAUAUAGUUUGUUCAGCAGGGCUGUUUCUGGAACAAUCUGACUAUAAGGAGUUGCCUUCUUUUAGGGUGAGACCCAAAAGGUCGGCUGUUAAGGAUCAAAAGUAAAAUUUGGGGGCAUUUUGACAAUUAUCUGUUCAUGACACUACAUCUACUUGUUUUGCUCUUUGCUGUACUUUUCGGUCUCAUAGGUAAUAAACUAAAUGCACACAAA